GAGCAUGACUAGUGAACCGUAGCAUUGGCGAAGCUUGAUGCCCUCUGUAGUUCGGCACUUGAAAUCCACGGCCUCGUUCAGGUCGAUCCAGUCCCCAUCCCGUGUGGUCUGCCUCCACCUGCCUCCACAUACCCUCGGUACCCGUGGUCCCACAAACACAGGGAGCAACCACCUCCUUCGAAACCCACAGUUCUCUGCAUGUUACCCAAGCAAUAGACAAAACCUCUCGAGCCCAUAUCGACCUUACUCCACGAAACACACCAUGACGGACGCCACCACGCACCCAUUAAGCGGCCUCUGGAAGCCGACCCAACUCCAAAAGCUGUACUACGGCCCAGACAGCGUCUCCCAACACCUCACCUCGUGCCUGCCGACGCCGCAAAGCAAAGCCUUCAUCAUCACGGGGACCUCGCUCGCCACCAAGACGCCGCUGGUCGAGCAAGUCGAAUCCCUCCUGGCGGACCGGCACGCGGGUACUUUUUCCAAAAUCGGCGAGCACGCGCCCGUCGCCCAACUCGAUGAAGCCACCAAGAUUAUAGAAGGGGAUAGCAGCGUCGACACGGUGAUCAGCAUCGGCGGCGGCAGCCCCAUCGACAGCGCGAAGGCGAUAUCGUACCGCCUGCACUCGAAGAGCGGGAAAUGGCUGUACCACAUUGCGAUCCCGACGACGCUGUCGGCGUCCGAGUGCACGAUGAUGGCCGGAUUCACGGAAGCCAACGGCGUCAAGACGGGGAUCCGGGCGCCCGAAUUGGUGCCCCACGUCGUGCUCUACGACUCCCGGUUCGCAAUAUACACCCCCGAGAGACUGUGGCUUAGUACGGGAAUGCGCGCGCUCGAUCACGCCGUCGAGCUGCUGUAUCAUCCCACGGCGACGGAGAUGCCGGCGAAGUGGCUCACGCUGCAGGCGGCGGCGAGUUUGUUUGAGAAUCUGCCAAAGUAUAAGAGGGAGCCGAGAGAUGAGGAUGUCGUUACGCGGUUGCAGCUCGCGGCGUUUGCGAGUCUGGGGUUCCUGGGGACGAAUAUGAGGGGUGGGUUGGGGUUGAGUCAUGGGUUGGGGUAUGCGUUGGGGAGUCCGUAUGGGAUUCCUCAUGGGAUUACUUCUUGUUUGACUCUUGGAAGCGUGGUGAAGCUCAAGGCGGGGGAGAAGGAGGCGGCGGCGGAGAUUGCGAGGUUGUUGCCUUUCUUGGGGGAGGCGAGGAGUGGGGAUGAUGAGAGGGAUGCGGGUGUUGUUGGGGAGAGGAUUGAACAGCUUGUGAGGGAGUUGGGGUUGGAGUGUGGGUUGGGGGAUUAUGGGGUCGGGAGGGAGGAGAUUGAGGUCAUUACGAAGAGGGCGACGGGUGUGGAGGAUGGGGAGGUUUUUGAGAGGGUGAGGGGGUUGGUGGAAGGGUUGUUUUGACUGCACUCGUGAUUAUCAUGACAGUGCGAAAGGCAAGGGGAGGCUUUGAAAUGUUGAGGUUUGUUUGGUGAUUGCGUUGUAGGUCCCGAUUUGACGGGUAGCAUGGCGGUCGUGAAAACUGGCUAGGAUAUGAUAUGUGGGUUGACCGGGUAGAUGGGUAGAUAUAUUGACGGAGGGUCUCUGUACUGUAGUAUAUAUGAGAUGGUAAUCCCAGUCCCUACAAU